CAGGGGGCUUGUGCAACCCAAACCAUUGUGGAACAAAUUUGGCUAAAUGUGUUGCUUUAAAUAGCACUUUGAUAUGCCUGUGCCAGUAUGGAUUCUACUAUAGGAACAAGGAUUGUCACAGAGGAAAAAUAUUCCCAGGGGUCAUUACACUGGAAGAAUUUUACAGUAAAAGUGUUCAACCUAUAAAUUCUGUGCAGUAUGAAGAGGUGUUCCAAAAUAUAACAGAGUUUUUUACAGAUGCCUUCAGAAAUUUAACAAGCUUUAGACAGACUGUCAUUGUGGAAACUGAUCCUAAACAAACAACCUAUUGUGCUGUUUUUAAUUGUGAUACCCAAACCACAUCCUGCGAAGAAAAUGUGUUUCCAAAAUGCAUAUGCAAAAGUGAUUUCUCAAAGACAGAAUGGGAUGAUCGUUCUUGUUCAGAUUGCAAUAAAAACUGUUCUGCAGAAGAAAACAAGUACUGUGCAAAAGAAAAAGGGACUCCAACAUGCAAAUGCAUGCCUAACUUUGAAAAUAAGAAUGAUAAAUGUGUGUCUUGUCCAGUGGGCUACUCUGGAGAGAACUGCAAGAACAAUAGUGAACUCAUCCUUAUAAUAGUGGGUACAGUGUUUGGAGCAAUUAUCCUGAGUUUAGUGAUAGCAGUCUCUAUUGUUUCAGUAAGAGCCAAACACAAACAAGAUCCAGAGAAGAAGAGCCUGAUAAAGUCAGGAUAUCCCAACCCAGAUACCUCUGAUGAUAGAGAGACCGUGAAGUUCCCCAGAGUCCGGACCACUUCCGGCCAUGCGAACCCUGGAUAUCAGCCAAACAACCCAUAUGAGAUGUGUUCCUCAAACAAAGGUCGUUUUCCGAAGAGCAGUUAUGAUGAUUUGUAUGAAAUAUCACAGGAGCCUGAGGGCUUUAGGAUGCAGAGCAAAUACUAA